AUGUCAGAGAACCUCGAUAAGGCGCUGAAGCAUCUGUCGAUUGAGGAGGAGGAUGAACCGUUUGUGCUCCCUGACAGGCCGGAAUUCUAUGCUACGGAGAGAAACUCUAUGAGCCUUAUCGGACGUCUUUUAAACCCUCAUUGUCAAAAGAUGGGGGACCUUAUUCUCGAUAUGCCAAGGAAAUGGCAGCUCUACAAUAGAGUGAGAGGAGUUGCUCUAGGUGUCCACACAUCCCAAAACUGGUCGAUUGUGUUGGAUCGAAGGAUGGAGAAACCACCUGAAGACUAUCUCAAGUUUAUUAUGGUGUGGGUUCAAAUGAGAAACAUCCCGGUCAACCAUUAUACCCCUGAAACCAGUGAGGCGAUGGGGGAGUUUGCUGGCCAUGUGGUUGAGGUCCCUUUCGAUCCGGAGAAGGCACAGGUCAAAGAUUAUGUGAGAGUACUGGUGCGUUUUGACGUCUCAAAGCCACUGAGAAGAUCAAAAAAACUUACUUUACCUGGAGGUGAGGUUGUCAACAUUCUGUAUGAUUAUGAGCGAAUUCAAAAGAGAUGCUACACCUGCCAAAGAUUAACGCAUGAGCAAUCAAUGUGCCCUUGGCGUAACGUUGAUAAGGAGGCUACUGUGGGAGUUUCAUGCUCUUCGGCGGAAAGCAAGAAUACUGAAGUUCUGAACUGUCUUGAGGAAUCUGACCCGCUCUUUGGAGUCCUAUCUAGCAAAUAUCUCGGUCUGGACCCUGUUUCAGGUCGGCCCAAGAUUGCAAAGGAGGUUAUAGACGGGCAGAAAGUCUUCCUUCGUUUGGAAUCAGCUCCGAUCCUAUCAUCUCUGGAUAAAGGAAAAGGUGCAGUUUAUGACUUCAGCUCUCAAGAGGAGCCUCAACCAAGGCAAGAAAAGCUUAUUGCUAGCGCUAUUGUGGCGGGUUCCAAGAUUCUUCAGUCUGGAAAGGUGGUUUCUCCUGCUCAGGUCCCUAAGGAGUAUGAAGUCUUUGCUCAGUCGGGUUUUCUUGUGGAGGAUUCAACGGGUUAUAGUGUAGGUAGCUCUGAUACGAGCACUUCCGGGACUCUUCUAAAGAAACCUAAACAGCGUAAAAGACCAGGAACCUAUACGAGGAAAGCAGCGGGGAAAAGGAUAGUGAAAGCUUCGUCUGUGAGUGUCGAACGGGUGGGAGAAGGAGUGAUCUCUGACGGCAAGAGGAAAGCACUUGAUGAUGUUGAGCCAUCUAAAAGCUCUGCAAGGUUUAAGAAACCAUUGCUAGGCUACGAUAGGAUCAUCGCUGUCAAUCCUAUUGGGUACAGCAGAGGUCUAGCCUUAAUGUGGAAGAAUUCUGUAAAUAUCGGGUUUAAGUUUGUAGACAAGAAUCUUGUAGAUUUUAGUGUGAAGUUUGUCAAAGACUCUUUCUUUGUGUCAUGUGUCUACGGUGAACCAAUCCAAGGUAAUAGAACAAAGGUGUGGGAAAGGUUAUCUAGGAUUGGGGCACAUAGAAAGGAGCCAUGGUGUAUGCUGGGGGAUUUCAAUGAGAUAAGAAACAAUGGAGAGAAAAUUGGUGGUCCGCGCAGAGGUGAAGCUUCUUUUCAGGAUUUUAAUGAUAUGCUAGAUAUCGGAGAAAUGGUGGAACUUCAGAGCAGUGGUGACAAUCUGACUUGGGGAGGUAAGCUGGGAGAUUCAUGGAUAAGAUCGAGACUAGACCGGUGUUUUGGUAACAAGCAAUGGAUGAAACUCUUCCCAGCCUCUAACCAAGCUUUUUUGGAUAAACGAGGGUCAGAUGACAGACCGGUUCUUGUGAGGCUUGCCUCUUCAUCUGAGCCUUUUAGAGGUAGUUUCAGAUUUGAUAGAAGGUUCCUUAACAAUUCAGGGGUCAAAGAUGAGAUCAAGAAAGCUUGGCUAACAAACCACCCUUUCUUUGAGGCUAAGGUCUCUGAUAAACUUAAAAGAUGCAGAAAGGCCCUGAGCAAAUGGAAAAAAGGAAAAUCUAAACUCCAGAGACAAGAUCAAACAGAUUCAAGUGGCUUUAGAGGCUGA